AUGGCAAGGAGUUGGUUUUGGAAUUUGACGGGCCUCCAGCAUCUCUACCUUGCUGAAACUCAACUAUAUGGUCAAGCUUCUGAUGCACUGGCACAUAUGACGUCCCUCCAAGUCCUUGAUUUGUCAUCUAUUAACAUGGUGAUGAUGACUACAAGCUUCAGAAACCUAUGCAAUAUGAGAAUCCUGGACCUUUCUGCCUGUCAAAUUGUUGGAAAUAUAAAGGAUAUUGUAGGGAGGAUGCCCCAGUGUCCCUUGAAGAAACUGCAGGAGUUGCAUUUGGGCUACAACAAUAUCAGUGGAAUCAUGCCGAAUCGGACAGCACACUUGAGCAGCCUAGUCGUUCUUGACAUCUCUGGGAACAACCUAAGUGGAGGCAUACCACGAGGGGUGGGGCUCCUCUCUAGUUUAAGCAGCCUUGAUCUCUCUUCCAACUAUCUCAGUGGACCUGUGCCAUCUGAGAUUGCAUGGUUUCAGUUCCAAGAGGACAUUCGCUGGAUGGAUAUAUCAAGCACAGGUAUAGUUGAUAAACUUCCUGACUGGUUCAUCACUACAUUUGCAAAGGCCACACAUCUGGACAUCUCCAACAACAAAAUCAGCGGUAGCUUGCCAAGAAACAUGGAAUUCAUGUCAUUGAGUGAGUUCUAUAUCAGUUCAAAUAAACUAACUGGUGAAAUCCCGAACUUACCAAGAGAUAUUACCGUGCUGGACAUGUCUGAAAACUCUUUAUCUGGAAAUUUGCCAUCAAACAUUGGGACUCCAAAUUUGAUUUCAUUAGUGCUGCUCUCCAAUCAAAUAACUGGUCAUAUUCCCCAAUCUCUCUGUAAAGCGGAAGGCUUGUAUGCCUUGGACUUAAACAACAAUCUUUUUGAGGGACAACUUCCUCACUGUUUAGGGGUGAAGAACAUUAUUUCCUUUCUCAUGUUGAGUAACAAUAGAUUCUCUGGCAACUUCCCAUCGUUUCUAAAAAAUUGUAGACAAUUGACGUCUCUAGAUCUAUCACAUAAUAGUUUUUCCGGAAGGUUGCCAUUGUGGAUUAGAGAUCUGGUUGAAUUACGAUUUCUACGUCUAAGCCAGAAUAUGUUUUUUGGAGAAAUCACCGCCACCAUCUCAAAUCUUAGUCGUCUUCACCAUCUGAACCUAGCAGGCAAUGGCUUAUCAGGUGCCAUACCGUGGCAUCUGUCAAAUGUGACGGCCAUGACAAGAAAGUAUGUAAAGGAUUAUAAGGUUGACUCAAAUUAUGGUGAUUACUCGACUGUGAUCCGUACAUAUAAUUUUUCCUCUGUGGUCAUCAAGGGACAUCAACUUGACUAUGGUAUUGGCAUUUGGGAUUUGGUGAGCAUUGACCUAUCUUUCAACCAAUUAACUGGGAGAAUACCAGAAGAAAUAGCUGCUCUUGAUGGGUUGAUAAACUUGAAUCUAUCAUGGAACCAAUUGAGUGGGAAAAUACCAAAUAAGCUUGGGGCCUUGCAUGCUCUGGAAUCACUUGACCUCUCAAGGAACAUGCUUUCUGGUGGAAUCCCUCCAAGCCUGUCAGAUUUAAACUAUUUGAGCUACAUGGACUUGUCUGAUAACAAUCUAACAGGGAGAAUAACAUCAGGUCGUCAGCUUGACACCCUCUACACAGAGGAACCAUCCAUGUAUAGUGGCAACAGUGGUCUUUGUGGCCCUCCUCUUUGAAAUAGUUGCCCAGGAAAGAAUGUAACAAGGCAAGAGGAUCAAAAAAGGAAUGAACAUUCCUUUGACCCAAUGACCUUUUAUUUUGGACUCGCUCUAGGAUUUAUUCUAGGUCUCUGGGUGGUGUUCUGCAUCUUGUUGUUUAAGAGAGCAUGGAGGAUUGCUUAUUUCCGCCUGGUUGACCGGACAUAUGAUCGGGUGUAUGUGUUUGUCGUUAUCACAUGGAAAAGCUGCACCAGAAAGGGAACUGCAAAUUGAGUAAGAAGAGCUCUGAAGAAGCAUGAAGCAGCAUAUUAGGCUGAGAUUUUUAUUUCCUUGAAGUUAAUAUAAAGGAUAUUGAUGAUUUGUAAUUGUCUAUGUGUGUAUGAUAAUACUUUUGAACUCCUGUAUUGGCUACUGCUCAGAUGUUGUGCUGAUUGUUGGUUCUAUUGCUUCAUGGUUUAGAGUUUCACAGUUGGCAUAGCUUGUAUGGGACUCCUGUAUUUCCUUGCUUGAAGUUAUUAUAGUGUAUAUUGAUUAUGCCUUCAAGUUAAUGUUGUAGAAGUGCAUUCUCUAGCCAAUGCAACGAAAAGACCGAUCUGAUGGAAGAGACUAGGCAGCACAUUAUACGUCAACACCCCCCCCCCCCUCACGUGUGGCUCCCUCAGGCCUAAACAUGGACCGAAAGUGGGUUGCAAUUUAAUUGCGUCAGUCGGGUCUUGAACUCGAGACCUCUUGGCUCCGAUACCAUGUAGAAGUGCAUAUUGUAAAUGAUGA